CCUGUUUCCGCCGGAAAUGCAUCACUACCGGAAGUGACGGCUUGGGUGGGCCGAGGGGUUUGUACUCUCUCUUCCUUUGCACGCGGUUGAGGAGAUCGGUAGGCCUGGGCAGCGCGUGCUGAGUGAUGCCGGGAAAACUCCGUAGUAACGCAGGUUUGGAAUCGGACAUGGCCGUGGAAAAGAAAGGAAACGAGAAGAAAGGUAGAAAAGAGAAGCCAAAAUCUAACAAGACUGAAGAGUCAGCAGAAGGAAAGGAAGAAACUGUUUCUUCCAAAGCUAAAAAUGUGAAAAAGAAAGCAGGUCCUUCUGAAGUUGAUGUGAAUCCUCCUAAAUCCAAAAAGACCAAAAAGCAAGAGGAGACAUCUCAAGAUGAAGUUGUUUCCCCUAAAACCAAAAGUACAAAAAAGCAGAAGGAGCCCCUUGAAAAGAAAGUUACUUCUCCUAAAACCAAAAGAGUGGUAAAAAGUGAGGAGCCUUCUGAAGAUGACAUAGGUGCUCCUAAGCCCAAAAAGAUGAAGAAAGAAAAGGAAGUGAAUGGAGAAAUUGGCGAGAAAAGCCCCAAACUGAAGAAUGGAUUCUCUCAUCCUGAAGCUGACUCCAAUGAUGCUGCCAGCGGAGAAAGCAACAGUGAGAUAGAGCAGGAAAUACCUGUGGAACAAAAAGAAGGUGCUUUCUCUAAUUUCCCCAUAUCUGAAGAGACUAUUAAACUUCUCAGAGCUCGUGGUGUGACUUUCCUGUUUCCUAUACAAGCAAAGACCUUUCACCACGUCUAUAGUGGGAAAGACUUAAUUGCACAGGCACGGACAGGCACAGGGAAGACGUUCUCCUUUGCCAUCCCUUUGAUAGAGAAACUUCUGGGGCAGCUGCAAGAUAGGAAGCGAGGCCGUGCCCCCCAGGUACUUGUUCUUGCUCCUACAAGAGAGUUGGCAAAUCAAGUAAGCAGAGACUUCAGUGACAUUACAAAAAAGCUGGCAGUGGCUUGUUUUUAUGGUGGAACUCCAUAUGGAGGUCAAAUCGAACGAAUGCGAAAUGGGAUUGAUAUCCUAGUUGGGACUCCAGGUCGUAUCAAAGACCACCUACAGAAUGGCAAGCUGGAUCUCUCCAAACUUAAGCAUGUUGUCCUGGAUGAAGUUGACCAGAUGUUGGAUAUGGGUUUUGCUGAUCAAGUGGAAGAGAUUUUAUGUGUGGCAUAUAAGAAAGAUUCUGAAGACAAUCCUCAAACACUGCUUUUUUCUGCAACUUGCCCAAGUUGGGUAUUUAAUGUUGCUAAGAAAUACAUGAAAUCUACAUAUGAACAGGUGGACCUGAUUGGCAAAAAGACUCAGAAAACAGCAAUAACGGUGGAGCAUCUGGCUAUUAAGUGCCACUGGACUCAGCGGGCAGCGGUUAUUGGGGAUGUGAUUCGAGUGUACAGUGGCCAUCAAGGGCGCACUAUUGUCUUCUGUGAAACUAAGAAAGAAGCCCAGGAGCUGUCACAGAAUGCCUCAAUAAAGCAGGAUGCUCAGUCAUUACAUGGAGACAUUCCACAGAAGCAAAGGGAAAUCACCCUGAAAGGUUUUAGAAAUGGUGAUUUUGGAGUUAUGGUGGCUACCAACGUUGCUGCACGUGGAUUAGAUAUCCCUGAGGUUGAUUUGGUUGUACAAAGCUGUCCACCAAAGGAUGUCGAGUCCUACAUUCACCGUUCUGGGCGGACGGGCAGAGCUGGAAGGACUGGGGUUUGCAUCUGCUUUUAUCAGCACAAAGAAGAAUAUCAGUUAGCACAAGUGGAGCAGAAAGCGGGAAUUAAAUUUAAACGAAUAGGUGUCCCUUCUCCCACAGAAAUAAUAAAAGCUUCUAGCAAAGACGCUAUCAGGCUUUUGGACUCUGUGCCUCCCACUGCCAUUGGCCAUUUCAAACAGUCAGCUGAGAAGCUGAUAGAAGAGAAGGGAGCUGUGGAGGCCCUGGCAGCAGCGCUGGCCCACAUUUCAGGGGCCACAUCAGUAGACCAGCGCUCCUUGAUCAACUCAGAGGCGGGUUUUGUGACCAUGAUCCUGCGGUGCUCAGUUGAAAUGCCAAACAUCAGUUAUGCUUGGAAAGAACUAAAAGAGCAGCUGGGAGAGGAUAUUGAUUCCAAAGUGAAGGGAAUGGUCUUUCUCAAAGGGAAGCUGGGUGUUUGUUUUGAUGUCCGUACUGCUGCAGUCACAGAAAUACAGGAGAAAUGGCAUGAUUCCAGACGCUGGCAGCUUGCUGUGGCCACAGAGCAGCCAGAGCUGGAGGGACCACGGGAAGGAUUUCGAGGCUCCCGGGGUCGGGAAGGUGGCCGUGGCUUCAGGGGACAGCGAGAUGGAGGCAGAGGCUCCAGGGGACAGAGGGGAGGAAACAGAAACUUCAGGGGACAGAGAUCAGGAGGUGGCAAUAAAAGUAACAGAUCACAGAACUCGGGCCAGAAGCGGAGUUUUAGUAAAGCAUUUGGUCAGUGAUUAGGAGAGGAUUUAUAUGGCAGAAGCAACUAUGUUUGGCAACAUGGAACUGAAUGCUAUUUUUCCACACAAUUAAAAGCACAUUGUGCUUCCAUUUGACCACUUGGCCAGUCUCCAUCCCUUGCAGAGGGGCAGGGUUUAUCUAAAUUAUUUUAUUUGAUCGUUGUUUGUAGCUGUUGUUACUUCUUUUUAUCAGGUUUUAAUUUUAAAGGAAAAUGAAUUCAUUACAUCUUUAUUCUAACACACAUUGUCUAGAUUAUAAGAUUAAAAUCAAGAUGGGCGUGGUGGCUCACGCCUAUAAUCCCAGCACUCGGGAGGUUGAGGCAGGAGGAUCCUAA